UUGCCUUUUUUUAUAAAUUCGUUCCCCUGUAUUCACUCUCCCCCCCUCAAAAAACCCUCUUCAUUGUCCUGUCAGUUAAGCAAUCAUCAUCCCAGGAAAAAUCCCUAUCAAUCAACCUUCUCGCAAUAACAUCUUGUAUCUUAUCAAUGGCUUCCUUCAAACUCCCAUUGGUUCUCUUUCUCUCUUCUCUAUUCCUCCAAGCAGCUUUAGCCGAAAUUGUAUGCGAGGAAUUGCCAAAUGAUAUUUGUGCUUUUACCGUCUCGUCAUCCGGCAAGAGGUGCUUGUUGGAGACAUAUGCAAAACAAAAUGGUGCAGUUGAGUACCAGUGCAGGACAUCCGAGGUGGUUGUUGAGAAAAUGGCAGAUUACAUUGAGACCGAUGCUUGUGUCAAGGCUUGUGGGGUUGAUAGGAACUCGGUUGGCAUUUCCUCUGAUGCACUCCUCGAGCCUCAGUUCACCGGCAAGCUUUGCUCUCCUGCCUGUUACCAGAACUGCCCCAACAUUGUAGACCUUUAUUUCAAUUUGGCUGCUGGAGAAGGUGCAUUUUUGCCUGACCUCUGUGAUGCUGCCCGCUAUAACCCUCACCGUUCCAUGAUUCAGCUUAUGAGCUCCGGCGCAGCCCCUGGACCUGUUGCUUCUGAAACCGCAUCUUUGAUCGCUGCCCCUGCCCCUGCUCCCAUGUAAUCAAAACAUAUAUUUGAUGUCUUCAAGAAAAUUUUCUGUGAAGACUAGUUUAUAUUGAAUGAGAAAUUAUUUAUAUUAUAUAUCUAGUGAAUUAGAAAGACUACGAGGAAUUCAACGCUACAUAUACUGGUCUUCUUCAGGGCUGCAAUUUGAUUGUAUUCUGUUUUUUGAGGAUUAUUUUAUGCGAUUAUGCCAUUGAGUUUUGCGGACAGAUAA